AUGACGUUUUUCCACUUGGUCAAUUGCGUUGCGUUAGCAUAUGCACCGUUCUUCAUUGUCUAUAAGUACUCGGGUCUGUCUGAGUACAGUUCAGCGUGGAAGUGUGCUCAAGCAGCUCUUGUUUAUUUGCUCACGCAGCUCGGCAAAAUGCUUGUUUUAGCGACAUUCUUUCCGGCAAGUGACGUCGAUGGUUUCGACUUGGUGCCGGAAUUAAUGAAGAAUAGUGCUGACAUAUUUGAUGUCAUCGGUUUGCAUGUGGUGAUAACGUACCUAAUGGCUGGUAAAAGUGAGGUACGAUUCUUGACUGCCGGCCUUGGAUGGGCAUUUGCGCACAGUGUUGCGAGUCGUCUGGUAGGAUUCUGGGUUGGCGCACGUGCUACUGCAUUCCACUGGAAAUUCAUACAGAUGGCGCUUGAGUCGAAUGUUGAUCUCGUUUUCUACAUUGCAAUGUCCGCUUUGGUAUGGUUAUUUUCACGUAACGAUCUGCAAGCAGCCAUGAAGCGUGUUGUCGUUUUACUGCUCACAUUCUGUGUAUUCCAUGUGUUUGUUUAUCAAGCCGGAAUGGUUUACGUUGGACUACGAUCGUGGCUGUUGUUAUUCGUAAAGGCGGCGUUAACGACUGGCAUUGGUGCGUCUACAUUGGUGUGUUAUUCGAGCUUAGGCACACAUUCAUCUCAGCAUAGAAAUUAA